AUGUUUAGGUCAUCAAAAGUUUAAUUUUGUUCGGUUCACAAAUCUUAAAUUUGUUUAGGAUUCUGUGUUUCAAAUAAAUGCACUUCAAAUUCUAUCUAUUGUUAAAAAUGUUUAGAAGAGAAUCAUACAGAUCACUUAGAUAGCUGCAAAGAGUUUGAGUAAAUAAAAACAGAUUUAUUUAAUUCCAUAAGAGAAAAACAGGAUCAUUUAAAGAAACUCAAAGAAAAAUACCUUCAAUUAAAUGAAUUAAGUUAAUAUUAAAUUAAUUCUUAUGAAAAGUAAAUAGAUGAUAUAAGAAAUAUGUAAAAAAAGUUUGUAACUAAAUAAUAUAAUACUGUGUCAAUUUAAUAAAUCAAUAUUUUAAAAAAUUAAAUCUCCUUAGAAACUUAAAUAGAGGAUUGUAAUUUUUAAUAAUAUAUUUAGUAAAUCAGCUAAAUUAAAUUGAACAAUAAAUUAAAUCUUUAGAACUUUUAAAAAAGGAUUUCUUAGCAAACUAAAAAAAGAAAUUUUCAAGUAUUCUUAACUAUAUUUAUUAUAGGUAUGAUUAUCAAAUGUCUUUCUAAAGGAAGUUCAUAUGCCAUGAUGUUUGCUAAUAUAUUAUUGUUUCUUAUGUAUAUUUACAUCUUUAUGAUUGGAGUAUGCAUUUUAUUUCUAAUACAUAUGGAUUAGUAAGAUAAUUUAGUUAUUUAGUUAUGAUGACACUAAGGAAAGAGACAGGUAUUUCAGUAUCAGCCAAUCACAGUAUUUUAAUUAAGGUAAUAAUUAAAAUAAUUAAGCUAAUGCUUUAUAUUAGAUGUAGAAUUAUAAGGAAGCUAUUGAUUAUUAUAAUAAAGUUAUUAAUAUACCAAAAGAUCAUGCAUUUGCUUACUUUAAUAAAGGUAUUGGAUAUGUUUAUUUAAGGAAUCGCUCUAUAAAAAUUAUCAAAUUUUAAAGAUGCACUCAUAAAUUAUAACAAAGCUUUAAAUAUAACUUCACAAAUUGAUGAAAUAUAUAUAUAUAAAGGUAAUUAAUUGAUCUUAAAAUUAAGGUUAUGCUCUAAAUUAAUUGAAACGUCUUGAAGAAGCUAUAGAAUGUUAUGAUAGGGCAAUAGAAAUCAAUGUUAAUAAUGAUGAGGCAUACUACAAUAAAGGUAAUCAAAUUAAUAUUAUUAUGAAAAUUUUAGGAAGAGCCUUAGAUUAGCUUGGACGUCAUUUUGAAGCUGUAGAAUCAUAUGAUAAAGCAAUCAAUAUCAAGUCUAAUAAUUAACAUUACUUUAAUAGUAGAGGUUAUUAUUAAUGUAUUAAGAAUUUUAGGAUUAGCUUUACAUAAUCUUAAAUAAUUUGAAUAAGCUAUAAAAUCUUAUGACUUGGCUCUUCUAAAUUCAAUAAAUCAUGAAAUAUUAGAAAAUAAAGGUAUCGAUUCCUAAAAUUUUUAGCUAAUGCAUUAUUGAAUUUAGAGAAGCUUGAUAAAGCCCAAGAAUUUCAUGAAUGA